AUGUCAAGUUAGAGUAAGAAAUCAAAUACACUAGGAGGUAGUUGCUAUACCCUUCAAAAUAAAAGUCCUGGAUCCAUUUUUUUCAGCUUGCUUUCUUGUGAUUUUAAUUUCUAAUGGUCAGAACAAUCCAUUUUUUGGUUUAUUUGAUUUAUUUGAGAAAAACUGCAUCUUAUAAACACAAAGUUCUGCAAACCUUGAACAAUUUAUUUCAAGAAUUGUUUGACAUUGUCAAUAGACGUGACAUAUGGUCUCUCUGUCAUCAUAUAUGAGUGUUAGUAAGUAGUUUUGCAUCAUUUUUGAGAAAAUUUGUUGUGAUCGGUUUACAUUACAUUAUAUAUAUAUAAUAUAUAUAGCUUUGUGAUCAUCUCAGUAAGCAAUGGUUCAAGUUUAAUUUAAUGUUAAUCUGCUUCCUGUCUUAGACUUUUCAGAAGCAGUCUUUCAGUAAUGAUACCUCCUCUCUGUCAGAGGCCUGUAAAUGCGCCAUCUCAGGGUAACCUGUUCACCUGAUGGUGAAUCACUGAUACUAACAAGUCAUGUCAUUCCCUUUUGUCACAUAUGUUUCUGAAAUGCUCUAAAGCAUCCAGCAUGACACCCUCUCACCUUUGGCCUCUUGCUAAGUUCAAGAAACAAGAGCUUCAAAUGCUGUUGCUGAAAAAAUGUGAGAAAAAAUGGAUCUAAAUAUUCUCAACAAAAAGUGUUAAGAUGAGACAAACUCAAUCUCAUGGCUGAAUCAAGCUUUAAAGGGGAUAAUUGCAGCCAAAACUUAAACCAAAGACCUUCAUUCACUGUUCAGUUUAUUGAUAAAGCAAAAACUUCUUUUUUUUUUUUUUUUAAAUCCUUGUUAUUUUUUAAUCUUCUAAGGUAUUAUAUCAUGUAAUUUUUCAUCGUGGUCAGUGAAACUCUCAGGCUUUUCUCGUCACAACAGUGAACAAGCUCUGAGGGAUUUUGCAGCAUUUUUAUUUCUUGAAGAUGAGACUUAUUUUGAAAGUAAGGUGGCAGGAAGUCCUGUUGUUGAUCUAAUCGUGUGUGUGCUCAGCAGCCUGUUGGAUCUGGUCACUCGUCCACGGCGUCUCCGCUCAUUCAGAGCAGCAGCUGCCGUCACUUCACUUCACACCAGGAGGUAAGAUCAACCAUCAGAGGUGAUUUCAAACCUUCAUUACCGCUUUUUUAACUGGAUGAGUUUGUGUUUCGGUGUCUUAACCCGGUCAGUGUUUGAUAAAGUUUGCUGGUGUUGUGCCAGCGCGUGUGUGAAAAUGCGUAACAGGAGAUAAUUCGAGUUCGUGCGUAAAGUUUGGUGCGUAAUUAGUGCUGCAGAUUUGGUGAGCAGCGCUGGGGACGCGCUGUCAUGCGGGUGUCUUUUGGCAUGUGAAGGCAUCCGUCCUCUGCAGUGGUCGCUCAGCAUCCUGCUGCUGCUGCUGCUGUAGGCUGGACUGCAGUGCCACAGCAGCCGUGUGAGUGGAGCGCGCGCAGGUGACUGUGGGGUUAAAAUCAGAUGAUCCACGGAGCCGAACCCUGGCCCGGAGGCAGCUCCGCGGGGUUUCCCGGAGCAGUAGCAGCAGGAGGAGGAGGUUGAAACGGGUCCGACCUGAAACGAGCUGCGUGUGUGUGACUCCGCUGGCCUGUCAUAGCUCGCUUCUUCCUUUUUUUCACCCCUCGAUAGAUCGCAGUUAAACAAAAACCACUUCCUCCAAAUCAUUUGGAUCAAAACGAAGCUUGUGGCCGCAACAAACACACAAAACAGACACGCAAAAACAGACAGCCACCGAUCAAAUCCAAACUAUCCGUCCUCAAUGUGAGGGUAAUUUCUAUCAGCUGAUACCGUGAAUUCCUCCACUCCACCCGCAUUUAUCCUCUGUCCCUCACACUCAUGUUCAGUCUUGAUUAUCUCCCUCUAAAUUUCAAGUUUAUUUUUCUAACCUGAAAUCCUGUAACAUCAAAAAUAAAAUCAUAUUUCACCAUAAAAACAACCUUUGCUCUUUAGGUGGUGAGAUUUAUUCCACCCACUUAAUCUGAACCUUCAAUUACAUUUCUCGUUUUUAACUGCAGUAUUUCAAGCUUCUGGUUGGCGUUUUCACCCACAACAUCAUUUUUCUCAGGUGAAGUUACAGAUAUUUGUGUGGGAAAGACUUUACUGUAGGUGGAACUUCUUUAUUGGAGGAAAAGUCCAGUUUUGAUGCUGCGAAAUGCAACUUUCCCACCUGCUGUUUAAAGACAAUGAACUUAAACUCUUCUCCAGCCUGUAAAUCAGUUGGAUGGUGGAUGUUUUGCUGGACAGAUUCAACAUGUUUAAGUCCCUUUUAAGUCUUAUUAUGUCCAAUAAAUCCAAGUUUUGUCACAAGAAAGUCAAAAAAAACUUGGAUUAAAAUGAAAGAAAAAUAAACGCUUCUUCGGUUCAGAUACCACUCUAAAGAAAUAUUUGCCCUUCUGACUCUACGCCUCUCACCUUUGCUGCAUGACAGAUUAACCUUUUCUGAAUGUUGAUUCAGGAAACUACACUUGAUCUAUGAGCUCGCUGCUUAUUCAGAGGUGGCAACACUUUCCUUGAAUCGACAAAACUAGUGAAAGAGAGCCGUGCAAACGGGCAAAAUCAAAUCCUGUGAGGAACUUAAGGUUUGUUUUAACUUUGGCGCCCCCUGUGGACAAAGAAGUCUGUGCUUAGCUUGUCCUUUUGACCCCAAACAAUCUUUUCAUUGUGACUUUUGACAGUCAAAUAUGUCAUUGAUUGUAGAAACUCAGCUGCUCCUGACACCUACCCCUCUACACCCAUUUCAAGCUUUAAAAACAAUCAUUCAAAAAUCAUCAGUCCUUUUGCUGAUGGUCUUAUUUGCUUUUAUAUGUUGUAAAAAGGCAUCAACAAGAAUUUCAGCCUGUUUUAAAAGCAUCAAAAAUUCCUCAUAGGAGCUUUACCUGACUAUUAUUGGAGAUUUGGAGCUACAUUAUGUUGCUCCUUUGGAUUAAUUAGCUUUAUUGUCAUUACAGUUCUCAUAAUCCACAAAAAAGAGCAGUAUUUCUGUAAUAGUUCUUUUUAAAAAAGUUAAAAAUCUGAGACACAAUGAUUGAAUCCAUUCAUUUUUUAUCCUUUUUGAGUUUUUGCUCUCGUAGAUGAUCAGCCACCCACUUCCCUGUUUGUGCCGUUUGUGAUUUAUUCAGACCGCAGCCCAAGAAUAUUCUCAAUUAUUCAUUAUUUCACAUCCAUGUGAAAAUUAUUAUCACUGUAACACUAUAGGAGGAAGUGGUUCACCUCCUCUUCGCUCUGUGUCCCAUAAAACUGCAGAUUCAUUCAGAGUCAGCUGAGACUGACGGUGGAGAAGUUUCAGACUUUAAACGUCACGAAUCAGAAUAAAAUGUGAGUUCUACUGAGAGUUUCUCCAUCUACAGAAACAGACGGAGCAGCUCUUCACUUUUCUUCUGCUGUUUGUGGUCGGCUUUAGAUAAUACAACACUGAAGAGCCAGUCAGAGGUCCUGAUGAGAAUUCGUUGAUGCACCUUUGAGCAAAACGUGUUGCCAUAGUUACAGAAACUGUUUUUAGCAGCUGGAUGUUUGGCAGGCUUUUAGAGGUAGGGAGGUUUUGUCUUGUUCAGGUUAGAAAUCCUUAACUCUGUUGUGUUUACCUCCUAGUAACUUACAGCCCAGUACAAACAGACCAGUGGCGGCUGCUGGUCUUUCAAGGAGGGGAAGCUCAUUUUUCUGGCCUACAUCAUAAUUGUAUUUGUUUAUUAGUAUGUAACAGAACAGAGUCGCCAAACACAACGGCAGUCGUUUUUAACAAAGACAAAAGUCGCUGAGGAUCGGUAAAGUCUCUGGAGCAGUUAAGAACAACGGAAUGAAUGACUUGGAAAAUGCUCUGGUAGAUGUUUUAUUCUUCAAGAUCGCUGAUUCGCUUGUUUAGCUGUCAAUCAAAAAAGGAUUUCGCCUCAGACAGCUCAUCCAAUCAUGGAGGCAGAAGCUUGCAGUCCGGGAGAAAGUCGGGACCGCCCUCUCGCCAUAGAACUCCAGUGAAGCUGGGCUUCCAUUGGGCGGGACAAAGCCCAGCAUUUAUCCAAUGAGCGUCUAGUUUCGCUGCUGGAACAACCCACUUUGAGCUUCCACAUUGAAGUCAGCAGAAGCCCAGCGUCCGACUGUUUGAAGCGCUGAGGCGCUGCGAGGAUGAAUGAGAACGAAGUUAUGCCGGUUACCUGUGAUUAUCAGCUUCUUAUCACAGUGUCUGAACAAAAGAUGAAGGCUUUCUAGUGCGUAUUUAGUUAAUGAAAUGUACACACAGCCGUACGUAUUUCACCACUUUUUCUUUUUUUGGGGGGGGUGACAUUUUAAGGGAAGCCGAGCUUCCCUUGCAGUCUUAGAGCAAUCGCCACUGAAACAGACUCAGGUCUGAACAGCUCAUUUGUUUAUUUGGUGAAUUUCAUGAUGCAUUCAAUAGGAUAAUUUAAAUGUUGGAUUUGUGCUUAAAUUUGCAUAAUAAGAGAAGGUCAUGUUUUUAAAGGGUUAUAGUCUUAGGGAUGACCACUGGAUCUGACAUGGAGAACAGUGAGAUAAACACUUGUAGUUAAAACAAAAUAAAUAGGCUGAUGUUUACACUUUGUUCGGGCCUAUCAAAGAAGGGUUGGUAUUGGGAGCGAGCUUUGUUACCUUCACUGCUUAACUCAUGGUGCGUUCGAGUUACCUCGGAAGUCAGAUGUCGGAGCUGAAAAUGACGUCACACCCGAGUUCCCAGCGUUUCAGUUACCAGGUCAGAAAAAAGCAAAAUCGGAGGUCUGAAACAAGAUGGCUACAUCUACCAAAGUUAUUUUAGAGCUUGCCUUAUAUUCGGACAAGGCAAGCGCUAAAAUAACUCUCAACUCAAAUAAAGCAGUCGGCCAGUAACAGAAAUCCCUCAAUAUCACUUAUGCUGCGUCCCAGUUGUACUCGGUAGUCAGGAUUUCCAAGCCCUGAGUCGAAAAUUCAUCUGGAACGCCCCCUGAAGUCGGAUUUCCAACUCUGAAAAUGUUCUGUUUUGUUUUUGUGAAACUAAAUAAGUGGUAAAUGUUGUACUGCCCAACGUCUUACUAUGAACACAAUGUUAUGGUGUUUGUAGAGUAAAAUAAUGCGUUAUGUGCUGUUUACAACUGGUAUAGCUAGCGACAACUAAUAACAUCUGACAACGGCUAACAACAGUUGACAACAACUGACAACUGCCGACAACGGCUAACAACAGCUGGUAACCGCUAACAACAACUGACAACGGCUAACGACAGCUGGUAACCGCUAACAACAACUGACAACGGCUAACAACAGCUGGUAACCGCUAACAACAACUGACAACGGCUAACGACAGCUGACAAUUGUAAACAACAGCUAACAACGGCUUACUGUAGGCAUCCAUCCGUCAACCCGGGUGUAACGUCAUUCCAACGUCAACGUCAUGUGACAGAAACGUAAAGAGUUUGUGGGCAGAAAGCAGCCGGUCUCACAGAGCGAGUGGAUUUUAUAGGAAGCCAGAACGUGUUUGCCAUGAUUGUUGAUAAUUAGUCAACUCCUAGUUUUCAGAUCCUGUCCCUGCAUGUACUAAAUUACUUGUCUAAAUGAUAAUAGUUACCCUGGCAACUGCAGUCAACCAGGUCUACAAGCGUGCAUUAAUAGGACACAAACUCCCUCAGUCAGAAAAGGACCAACAGGAGCUUGGCGUGUCAGGACGAGGAGCAGGUCCAAACCUGAUCCGGCUCGACUUAAAACUCUGAAAUCUUAAAUGAUUUAAAGGAGGGGGGCCUGAAAACUGGAGGCUCUACCUCCCAGACAACAUUUAGAGUCUUUAAGUAUAAAAGCAGACCUGCUUACAUGGAGUUUAGUAUUUUAGAGGGGGGGGUUUCAGACUCUUAAUCGUUAACCAUGAUAUUCCUACAGUAGCCUCAGUCAUCAAAUAUAUCCUGUAAACUCUCACUGAAAUCUGUUACGUAACACCCACGUCUGUCUAAAGCAGGACUUGUGGGGUAACACCAGGACUGCUUUUGGAUAGGAAGUCUGGACAGGAAGUCUGAGGAAAGACAGAUGAGGAAAGUGAGCCGCUUUUGUCCUGCUGAGAUUCCUUUCUUUCUCUCUUUCACUCAUCCUUACAGUGUAAGAGGUCGGGUGUGUUCACAUGUGUGUGUGUGUGUGUUUCAGAAGGACCUGCUCUUCCAGUGUGAGUAACUUUGCGUCAUGCAUUACACAGGGCAAAGUUGACUCACUCCAUUCCUCCAUAGCAACUGGCUAAUGGGCUUGGCUCUGGCAUUGUUGUGCACAGGUAGAGAGUGUUUAUGUGCGUUUGUGUGAGUGUUUGAUUAUAUAUUCAUGUAAUGGUUCUUCCUGCAAACACAGUCGAGCAUGGGCGUGCUUAAUUGACUUUCUGGGUGUGUGUGUGCACAACACACACACACACACACACACACACUGAUAGGGAGAGCAGAGUUCAAGGGGCAGUGGGAGCGGUGGGAGAGAACAAACCUUUAGUAUCAACAGGAAAGAACCACAGAGAGGGGCUAAAACUCUGGACUGAAUAAACUUAGAGUCUCUUAAAAAUGUCAGUUUUAAGUUUGUUAGUGUGCUGUGAAAAAAGUGAACAAUUGAAAAGAAACUGAUAUGAAAACAGACAACUUUGAAUUCCUUCAGGCGACCUAAUAAAAUGCGAGCACUUUAAAAGGCUGCAACUGGUUAGUUUGGAUGUAACUCCAUUCAGGGUUUCUACGCAAAUAUGAAAGUAAUCUGAUCAAUUUCAAGGUCUUAAAAAGUGUGGAAAAUAUUUAGGUUUUCAGACUAUUUCCACAGUUAAAAAAAAACUGUUUAUUAAAAUAGAGAAGUAGGUAUUUCAAAAAAAAAAAAAAUCUAAACAGUAGGGUAGGGAAGAGUAUGGAAAUUCCAACUGUGUAGGAACCCUGUCCAUUUCAAAUAUAACUAAAGAAAAGAGAACUGAUGUUUCACAAACAUUCAGGGUACCUAAACAUGUUCGUGUCAAAUUUCUAGGAGGAAAAUAAAUCAAACAUGUUGAACGAAAAUUACAAACAUCAUGACUGCAUAGUGUUGCUUAAAAAAGACCCAAAUCUUGUGAAUAAUAGACCUUAAAACAGACAAUAAUAGGUACUUUGACACGGACUAAAUCAUAUGUAGAGACAUUAAAAACAGACUUUGCAGAAUUCUUGGAGGAAGUAGAAUAAAAAAGCUGCAGGACAUACAAAUUGCUGCAAAGUGUUUCUUGAAACAGACCUGACUGAGAGUGAAAACAGUUGGCAAACUGACUUAAAACAUCCAGGAUAGAUUUUUAAAACGGUAACUUGAAAUUGGUGCAAAACGUUACUAUAACCAGAACUGACCAUGGUGUGAAAAAGCAAGACAUCUGACAAUAAAACAGCCACAGAGGGUACCCCGAGACAGACUUUGAAAUGAUGGCAGAUGGAGGGUUCCCCAAAACAGACCCAAUAUUAGGAAUUAAAAAAGGUGAUAAUCUGCUGAGGGGUUCCUUUAAAUAAAUGCAAAGUGUUAUCUGAAAUGAACCAAAUGUGCAAAAAGUAAGAAAAUCGAAAAAGACUGUGAGCCCUUUAAAAAAUAUUCUAAUUUAAUAUCUAAUAACACAUUGUUUGGAUGGUUUCUAUUGUGGUCAACAAAUUCUGAACAUUCGACAAACUGCUGGAAACUCAGAUCAUAAUAAAGAACAAUAGCUCGAGGUACGAGGGGAUAAAGUGGACAGAAAUGGGAAACUACAGCUGCAGAGAUCUUUACACUUCCUUCAUUAAAAUACAAUCAAAACAAUGAAUGUUGAGUUAGAUUUCAGUGCACACACACAGAGCAGUGAAAGGCUCGGUUCUCACAGUGUUUCACAAACACAAAGUUCAUGUAGAUCAGGAUGUGAAGUGAUUAUUGUGUAACUAAAAAAGGUCAGAUUUGAUCUGGCUGCAGCUGCGUGUCGUGUUGAAUUAAGUCACGGUAAUGCAGUGAAGUCCUCCCCGCUGGUUAAAAGCAUCUUUCGCCUCGUUUCCUCACACUUAUCUCCAUCAUGUCACCAUCUGAAGAGCCGCAGCCACACGAGGCACUUCUCUUUUUCUCGGAUCGAACAAUAAAUUCCCACAAAAGCGUUCACGGCUCCAUUAACCAGCAGGAUUAUGUGUCUGUUUGCUCAGUCAGUGAUCAGGAGGAAGCUUGGAUAGUUUGUUGGAUGUAGAGCUCCACCAAAAGUAAAUGCUUCAACAAUCAGUGACCUGUCUCCUGCUCUCCACACACUCACAUGUCUGUCUCUGUGGUUUACAGUAAAGCUGCAGGUGUUAAACAGCAAAUCCAGAGACUCCUGGAGACAGGUAAACAUGACUGACCUAGAGUGACUGAGCGUGCACGAAGAAGGAAAGAGAGCAAUGUCAGUGUGGCGCUAAAGGGAUAUCAACACCUCAGGUUGUUUGGUGGACAGAAGUCAAGAGGAAAUACUGAAGGGAGAAAACUUGAUGUGUUCAACCCUAAAUGGAAACAACAGAGACGACAUGAGUGGACUGAGUCCUGAAAAAAACAGAGCUGAUAAUCACAGUCUGAGACUUUUUUAAUGUUGUUAACCAACACCACGCCGAAGUUCAAAACAGAUCUGUUUCUGUUUUUGUGUUUUCUUUUAAUAGGUCAGUAAGAGUUUAAACAUACGAUCAGGGUUUUACUUUGGGGUAUUUCUGAUUCAUUUUAGUGUGUGUUAAUUCUGACUGCAGACAGGCCAGAUUAGCAGCAGGCCUCUUCUCCUACAGAGCCAUGCUGUUGUGAUUUUGUGUAGUAUAUGAAAUAUGAAGGUCUUAAGGUCAGUGUCUGGAUGGCAGCAGAUGUUGCUCCAAAACCUGUAGAUAUUAAAGAUGAAAACAGAUUUUUUGGUCAGGCCUGGAGUUUGUAGCUACCAACCUCGGCUUUGUUGUACCGUUAACACUGUACUUUGGAUAUUUAUCUCCUCGGCUGUACUCAGUUCACAUGUGUAUUCUCCAUCCUGGUCUGCAGUUAAGGCUUUAAGAUUCAGGCUGCCAGUCUUAGGUACAUCUUUUUUUUUUUUUUUGUGUAUGAUUUAUGUACUUAUGUACUGUAUUUAUGUACUACUUAUUUACUCUAUUUAUGUUCUAUUUUUUGUUAAUAUAAUGUAAAUAUGUUGGGGACUGACUGUUUAUUAAGUAGAGGACAAGGAGUAGGGUUAAAAAAGCAUAAUGCUUUAUCUUACUCCUUUUGGACAUGUUGUGUUUGCAUUAUUAUUAUUAUUAUUUUUUAUUUUUAUUUUUUGCUUUAAUUAUUGUUAUUACUGUUUUGAAUAUUCUCAUUGGUUUUGUUUUUUUUUAGUUUACAUUUUCUUGUGUUACAUGCACAUAUUCUAAAAAAAUGAAACAACCAAAAAAAACUGUAGAUAUUGUUCAGCAUUAAUGCAGUCUUCACAGAUGAGGAAGAUACCCAUGACAUGGACUCUGAUGAUCCCCAUACCAUCAGGGAUGCUGGAUUUUAACCAGGAGCAUCAGAGAAGUUUCUGGCAUUUCUUAAUCAUGUUCAUAUCUGGGUUCUUCUUGGACUGAGCAACAAACCAUAAUAUAGAGAGUUGUUUUUGGAAGUGAGUCUGAGCCUAUGCUGUGAUUUCCACUACUGAGUCCUGUCUGUUUUGAGUGCAGUGGUGCCUGUUGGUCUGAGGUCCACAGCCUGUUGAACUGUUGAACGAUCAUCUCUCGCAGUCUCUCACAGAGUGGUGAACCUCUGAGAGACUCAACCUCUCAGUCAUGUUACUUAGGGUGACCAUAAACCCUUCUUUACCCGGAUAUGUCCUCUUUUUGGGGGAAAUCAACCUCUUUAGUUAUAAGAUGUUCCUGUAGCUGUUUUUUUUUUUUUUACCUUAGAUAACUUUUUAAUUGUAAUGGUAUCAAAUUUUAAGAUGAUACGGAUAAAAAAUUUAAUUAUGCUUAGUGACCUUUUGAAGGCAGGUAUGAAGAAUUUGUGACUAAGUUUAUCUCCUGGCGAUGAUGAUAGUUGGUUUGGCUUUUUCACUCCGGUUGAACCUAAUUUUGUCUGGACAUUUUCAGGAAGUUUGUGUCACUUAUUUGUUUAUUAUUGGAGAAACAUGAAGUGUUGCAUUCAUUUGGAGUAACCUGAGAGUUUCUUCCUGCAGUUUCUAAGUGACUCUGGAUGUUGUGGGAGUGUCAGCUGAAUGCCUGACAUGUCUGCGUAAAUUCGGCACACACAGUCUGUUGUGUCACAGGUUUGGCUGGUAGAAACAUUUCAGUAAAGACGAGCUAUCUGCAGGUCAGGAGAUCUCAAUCACCUGAUUGAAAAAAAACGGGUUUACUUCCUGAUAUAAGACAACAAGAUGAGUUUUAACCUCAGCAAAGGCAGAGCGGGAUAGAAACCCUGCAAAAUUCACACACAGUGUUGCACACAUUUACUGAAAAAGAAAGAGGAAGCGUGUUGCAAACUAUCCGGCUGUCGCAUGACAGAGAUGAUGUCAGCCUGCAUUUAUCAUCGGCUGUCUGAUUGUUGCUAAAAAUGAACAAACGCCGAUCAUGAAGCUUCAUGAGAGGAACACAAACCUCUGAGUCCACACAGGUGCAAACGUUAAUACUUUUCAAUACUAUGUGAUUUAAAAUGAAACUCUUUAUAGCGCAUCCCUGUUCCUUCAUUAUAAAGCCAUAAAUGAACCCAUCCAACCAAUUUGAUGAUCCCUUAAUCUGAUUAAUGAUGAACUGAUUAAUACAGCCCAUGGUGCUUUUUAAGACUUUAAUCAGUAUUUCAUAUUUUGUUUUAAUGAUUAAAAAUCACCUCCAUCUCUCAAGAGAGGAGGAUUUUUUUACUCUGUGUUCAGCAGAAAUCUUAAAUUUUUCAACUUUUCCAUUUUAAUAACAUUGUGUGUGCUGCAGAUCGUAAAGGUGCAUUAUUAGUUCCAUGUGCACAAAGUGGUUAUCAUGUUGAUUUCUCUGAUUCAUGGAUAUUUUAGUCCAAUAGAGUCAGAUUUUUUGUUUCUCAGUUUCUUCUACAACGCAGUAAUGUGCAAAAUCAUAGUAUGUUUAAUGAUAGAGGGAAUUAUUUUAGCAGUUCACAGAGCUGGCCUCUAGGUGGGGGUGUAACACAGUGUGUUUAGUUCAAUCUCAAUACUUUCUUAGGAGUAUAAAAAUAUUAAAAAGUUAACAGCCAUGUGUUUUCAGGGGGUUUGAAAGUCUUGUGGUGUUUUUUUCUGAGACACAGCACGGCUCGUGUAAAGAGAUAAAAACCUGUUUGUUCUGCAGAUACACCGUCUCUUCAGGUCAUGGUUUAGAUGCUGGAUAAAGUGCUGGAAUGUGUUCCAGCGACCAGGUGAAAGUUUCACCACAUUAAUAUUUAAAAACACGACUCACCAAUGUCUCCGUUCUGCUUUGAUUUCUUAUCUUAACUGCAGAGAUAAAGGAGCUCAACAUUUCCACACUUUCACUCAGUAAAGCAGAGAAACAGCUGCCGUGUGCAGACCCUGAGAAACCAGAACUAACAUUAAGACUCCAAUUAAGAAUAAUGAUGCAGAAAACGACGUCUUAAUGAACCACCUCACCAGACGAGCUAAUGCACUUUAUUGAUUCAGGGUUGGAAACGACUUGAACAGCUCGCUCUGCGGGAUCUACUGAGAGCAGAUGUUCCCUCUAUUGAAUCAGGUGUUGCCUGUUGUUUAGUAAUGUUGAUGCAUUUAUUAAUUUAAACAGGCAGGACUUAGUUUUCAGAUCAGGCUUUGAGAGUCUGCUUUAAAAAGGAAAGUCUAGACUGUUUCUGACCUUGAACUUUAAAUAUGAGUCAUUUUUUCUGGGUUAACGUUCAUCUGUCUUUAGUCUGACUGCUUGAAGUGGAGGAGAGGGAGAGGACAUGCUGCAGGGAAACAGCUGGGAGGACUGUAGCUGACUUCAGACUCUAAACAUGAGUGCAUGAUAUAAGAGGCCUUCCAGGUUUUCUCUGUUUUAAUCAAAAUGUUGCUGUGAGCGAGUGAACAUUUUGAACCAACUCUUCAUUUAUAGUUUGUCCGAUAAACCCACUGGAUCUUGUUUCAUCAUAGCAGAUGAAAAAGGUUUCCAGUGAAACCAGCUGUAGCGACUUCUAGCCGUGAUCAAUCCUGCUGGAGUCGCACUAGUUUCUUGUGGGUCUCAGUUUUACUGUAAACAGUGACAAACAGAGGAGGUGAGUAGAGAAAGGAGAGCAGGGAGAGGAGGCAGCUGUGUGUAGCUGUGAGUGUCUGAACAGCCAAGGGACAAAAGUGUAGAUCAGAGAGGCUUCAAUGAUCAAGAGAGCUCUUGAGCGCCAACGAGGACUAACAAGCUGACUAUUGACAGGGCUAAAAGUGAGAGAUAUUAUUCUGAAUUAUGGUAAAAUACAAGCCUAAGUCUAGAUGUUAAAUGAUGCUAAGUGCAGGGAUGAGAUGGAGAGAGCAGAUUAAAUACUGUUUUUCAUUGUAUUUAUUUAUUCAUAAUAACAAGGCUCUGAAUGAGGUUAUGAAGGACAUGUGUAUUUGUAGUCUUCUCUGUCUCUCUGACGUCCACCAGACUCCACAGAGAAAUUAUUCUGUCUAAGAAAAACCUGCUCCAGACUUCAGUCUGAUCUUUGCUUCCCAUUCACCCUGCAGCGAGUGUUGGGAAAGCUUGUGUGUGUGUGUGUGUGUGUGUGUGUGUGUGUGUGUGUGUGUGUUUAGUACUCACGUGUGGGUGGGAGUCCGAAUGCUUUGGUCCCUCUCUGGAAUGUCAACAAUGAGUCAAGUCAGUCCGUUUGUCUCGGGGCAGGCUGCUUAAACACACGUACACAUGCACACACACAAACAUAAACACAUACACACACACACACAGUCUCACUCUUCUAUAUGAAAGUCCUGCAGGUCCGGCCUGUUUCUGAACCAACCUUUGCUCACAGAGACGUCUCACCUGAGCAGGUGUGUGUGUGUGGUGAACUUGGACUGAAACACUCUGGUGUUUGUUGUCGUUCCCGAACGUCCUCAGAGAAACAUGAAGCUUUUAUCACCUCAGAGAAGUUUGAGUUGAUCUCUGUCUGAGUGAGCGGAUGAACUAAAACAAAGGAGCUUAGAGACGUCAGAAUGAAACAAAUGUAGUCUGAGAUUCAGAGUGUUGGAUGUGAUCACCUGGACUCCUCCUGAUCUUAAAACGUAUGACUAACAUUAUCAAUAAUGAUAUGAAUGAUGAAGUCUACUCAGAAAACCGAUCAUUCACAUUCUAUAAACUAGCUUUUAUAUAUGUAUAUAUGUAUAUAUGUUUAUGUUCCUAUACAUAUGCAAGUAUUUGUACACACAUUUAUAAGAUAAAUACAUAUACCUUAUUAUUUACACAUAUAUAUAUUUAAAUAAGUAAAUGAAUGUAUGUUUUAAAUAAUAUAUAUAAAGAGAGAUAUUCAUAUAUAAAUAUAAGAUAACUACUCUUUUUGAUUACGAUAUAAGUGGAUUUAAUUGAUCAGAUAUUAUAUGAUAGAUGAGAUAAGAUUAUAUGUCUAUAUGAUUAUUAAUAACAUUAAUGUAGUUGAUCACAAAAAGGUGAUGUAAAAUGUUCAUAAAAGAUUUAACUAUCAUCAAAACAGAUGAUUGAUCUAUAUGUUGGUGUAUAAAACUGGAAGAGACUGGAUCAUCGAUUAUUGAUCAAUAACAGAGGUGGAGGGGGAUUCACUAACUGUGACUCCACCUCCUUUCUAGAUUUGAAACAAAAAUUAUAUUGAUGAUGGAAUAGUUUGUUUACUUGUGUAUUUUGCAUUUUGUGUCUGUUUUUAAAGCUCCUGUGAGGAACUUUCAGUUUGUGUCCAUUAUGGCGCCCCCUGUGGACAAACCGUCUGUUUCUUAUCUUGUCCUCCACAUGGUUUUGAGAUAAUUUUGCUCUUUCCUCUUGAUUUUACAAACUGAGCUGAGAUUCUGGUCAACUGAAUCAUCUUUAUUUCACAUAUUUGACCUCCGUCUGUUACAUCUAUUUAAGAAGCUGGGAGGUCUUUGUCGGAGCAGCACAGUGCCUCUUUAACUCAGACAGGUGCCUCAAAAAGGAAGUCCCUCCCCCUCCUCUCAUUGGCUGUCUUUGAGCUCCUGGAUCUUCCUCCAGCCAAUCACGUCCCCUCUUUUCUCCCUGCGUCCGGACAGCCUGACUCUUCCCUCCUCUGUCUGAGUCUCUGCUGCACUCAGCACCCGACCUCCCAGGCAGUCGGUCUGUGCGGUGUGUGUGUGUCUGUGGACGUGUGUGAGAGUGUGUGUGUGUGUGUGUUGUAGAAAGUGUGUGUGAGUAGACUGGCUCAAGAAGAAGAAGAGUGUUUAGUUUUUGUUUUAAUAAGUUUGUUUCCGGACGGAGGAAGAGUUUGGAGGAGUGAGGAUGAUGAGGAUGAUGAUGGGCUUCCCUCAGCCUCACCGGGCUCAGGUCAGUGUGUGUCUGUGUGUGUGUGUCUGUGUGUGUGUCAGAGGAGGAUAUUCAUGCUCCUCCUGCUAUUGUAUUAUACAGUGUUGUCCAGCCAGAUGGAGGUUUCCAGUUUCCAGCCUGACUCAAAGUGUGUGUUUGUGUGUUUGUGUGUUCUGUUAAUGUAGUGAGUCUGUCAAACAGGAUUUUACGACUAAAAAAAGACCAAAAAAUGAAAACAAAUACUUUCACACAGCUCUGAAAAGGAUCCUGGCUCACUUUCAUUUGAAGAGGUUUUAAUCUGGGUUAUCUGGGGUUGAUUACAACAAGUUAAGAGAAUAAAAAUAGACAACAAAGCAGUCAGAGUUCAGCAGAGGAGUAAGCUUCACUGCAGGACUUGAUUAUUCAAUCAUUAAAAAUAGGACUGUACUGAUAUCUGAUAUCAGAUGUUGGUCUGAUGUCAGCCAAAAAAACAAGUAUUGGAUUAUAUCAGCCUGCAUCUAAAUUUUCCGAUAUCAGCUCUCCGAUACAAGUAAUCCAUUCCAGACUCCACUCCAGCACCUCUAGCUAGCAGCGCCCGGAUUCAGCAUGCUGAGUCUACAUGAUCGCGAUAGUGUGUACUAAGGUACGAACGAAGUAGCAAAGAGUAGGAGUGAUGUCGGCCGUGUGGCAGUAUUUUUCGUUAAAUGCCGAAAAAGACAUCGCAGCUGAGUGCAAAACUUGUUGUACACAAGUUUGUGCUAAUAUCGGAUCAAUAUUGGUAUCGGCCAAUACUGAAGGCAACAAUAUCUGUAUCGUAUCAGAAGUGAAAAAGUUGCAUCGGGACUCCCCUAAUUAGAAAUGCGAUCCAAAAGCUCAAACUUCUGCACGCCGUAUUUCUGUAUUUCUUCACAAGGUUGCAUCACUCAGGACUCUGCGUCCUUCGAGCAGCGCUCUGCAGAGAUGGUACACACAGAGACAGGGUUUCUCCCCGGUUUUGGUCUUCCUCGUCCUCUUCCUCUUGUGGUGUUUGCAGGUCUGAGUCGUCCUGUGUGAAAUGUGACACCUGUGGUUAUCAUUAUCAGAGCAGGAUGUGUUUUAAAAAAAGAGGAAAUAUGGUCAAAGGUUGUGGUGUCGUGAUUUCUGAAAAACUGUGUUACUGUCCGCCAUAAAAAAAGUCCAUAUCCGACUUUAGAUCCAUAAACGGUUCAUUAAUGAAAUAUUCGAGGGUUGCUUCUCUCACUCAUGCGGCUUUUAAAGAGUGGAAAGUGAAGCUGUGAUUGGUUAAUGAUGCUCAGCUUUAAACUGCAGAUGGCGGCGGCUGCUGCUGCUGUUAUUUUCGGCUUUGUUCAGUGCGUCACCUUUCAAUUAUGAUCUGAUUAAUUUCCCCACAAAUAAAGCUUCACUGUUGACCCGUCGGAGCACAAAACAAACACAGGUUAUGCGUAAAGAUCUCUGAGUCAUCCUGCAGUACCGUCAUGGUAUUUCCUAAACAAUGAAACAACAGAUGGUGAUGAAGCUGCAGUAGAUCUCCUUUUCUCUCUGUGCGUUCUCCAGAACCAGUUUCACCUCUGAGUUUGGGUCACAUCUGGUCCAAUUGGAGGAGCAGAAACUCACAAAUGUUGAAUAUCUGAGAAAAUAUCAGUUUCUGGUUGUGGAGAGGAGAGAAAAUGGGAGGUUACUGCUGUUAGAAAAAAAGAGGAAGAAAAAGCUUUUUGCUGUAAAACGGCCUGAUUGCAUCUGUCUAUGUGUGUGUGUUUGUGUGUGUGUGUGUGUAUUUGUGUGUGAGCGCGAGGACUUGACGGUCUGCCACCUGGCUGGCGAGUGAUGCUGUUAGGAGGAAUGACCAUGAUCCACGCUGUUACCAAUUAAUGUGAGUGCUCACCGGAGCUGAGCAUCAGGAGGCCAAAAGAUGUCUGCUUUAAUCAUCAUAAAUUCUAUUUAUGGUCAGGUCUGAGAAGAAUAUUCAAGAGGAGAAGAAGAAGAAGAAGAAGAAGAAGAAGGUCUCCAAGGAAACAGGGAUAAAAACAAUCCUGUUAUCACACCUCCACUCUCGUUUUUUGGAGCAACUUCGCUCUGAUGCAAAACAAAACAAGCGCCUCGAGUCAAAACCACAGACACACUUCAAGUCGAACCCUGAGGUGGUUCGUCUGAAGUCGGCCUGAACAAACAUCUGCUCUCUCCUCUCUGUCUCCAUCCACUUCAGCAUCAGCAGAAGAGCCGGUGUCACAGCACAUCCACUUGUCUGAGAGGCGUCAUGGAGCCGGGUUACAACAAUGCAAAGAGUCUGAGGCUGAACUGUUGAUUUAACCAACUAGUUUUUCUGGUGCCGUUAAAUGAAGAUGACGUGUUCAAGUGUUAAGUCAACCACACAUUCAGUGUUGUAACCCGAGGAAGACAAUCAUUCUGACAUAAAACACCAACUUUACACAAACAGCACCAACAUUUUGACUAAAAUCUUGUUUUUAACUGAUGAAAUGCAUCUUAAAAUUCAUAAAAAGGUUUUUUUUCUGCUUUCAAAUCUGGUUCAAACAGUAAAAACACUCUAAUUUGUUUCUGGAAGGGUUGUUGAAGCUGAAGACAUGAGAGUGAUGUUGUUGUAAAGUGAACUCUACAGCUCUUUAUUCUAAUCUGUAUAAUCUCUUUUUUCAGCUUGAACCUGCUGCUGUUUCACAUCUUUCUCUCCCUCCUUUACCUUCAUUCCUGCAGCUUUUCUGUUAUUUUUAAUUCCCUGCAGCACCGGUUCAUCCGGCAGCGUCUGCAGACACACCUCAGACGCACUUUAACACACAUUCCUCCGUUAUUCAGCGGCAGCACGAAGACUAACAGAGCCGGGUUUAGUUUGUAUACUACAGAGCGUACUCUGCACAGUGUUCGUGUUUGGAUUCUGCAGGAAAAUGUGGCGUCACGGUGGUGGAGUAAAGGUUGAUUUGCAUUAGUUUGCAUUGAGAAACAGUGAGUGAGAUGUUAGCAGCCUGCUGAAGAUAACGGAUAAAGUAAUUCAGGCUUUUUUUGAUCCUUGAAAACUCCUGGAGUCAUACAGAUCUGAGAGUUUACUCCUAACUUUUCAAGCACCUGUAGCAGCAUGUUUCUGAUUGGCUUACGGGUUUAACGGCAUUGUAAAUGAAGGAUUAACUUCUUCAUCCUGUGGGUUCAGGUGAACUCCCACAAUAACUGUUGUUGUUGUCGUCGUUGUUCGGUCUCCCUUUGUUGCAGCCGCACACUCAGUUUGUCGUCACUGUCAUGUUUGCGGGUCAUAAAUCCCUGCGGCGGAUCUUUUUUGUUCACAAAUACGAUCACAGUCUGACCUGCUUUAACUCCCCCCCUCACACAUGUUUUCAGAUGAAGGAGUGUGAUUUCAAAGGCCUCUGCUCCCGUCUUUCUCCGCUCUGUAAUCCUGUUUGGAUUAGUGUCUGAUCUGAUGUGAUCUGAGGCUGCAGAGAGAGAGAGAGAUGGGGGGUGAUCAGAUUAAACAAUGGAAGACAAAGCAGGGAAAGGUGGAGGUAGAUGGAGAACUAGAGAGGAGAAAAUGGAGAAGUGUGGACAUGAAGAAUGAUAGAAAGUCACAAAAAUAGGCUGAUUACUGUUUAGUAAAGUACAGCGUUUCACCUGAAAAGUGAAAGUAUUUGUUAUUUUGGGACUUUUUAGCCUUUUUUGAUCGAACAGCUACAGAGAGACAGGAGAUGUGGGAAGCAGAGAGUUGGUGCAGCAAAGAGCCAUGGUUGGUAGGGGCAUCAUUGGCGUAGCAGUGUAAUGAAGCGCCUCAUACACCGAGGCUGUAGUCCUCAUCACAGAGGUCGCUAGUUCAACUCCAGGCCACAAUCCCUUUCUGCUUAUCUCCACCUCGCUCUCUGCUCUCUGCAUGAUUACCCAACAUCCAUCCAUUCAUCUUCAGCCACUGAUCUGGCUGGAAUACCUGUCUCUCCAGGUGAGCCCAGGGCUCCAGACCAAGUGCUAACCAUGCUGCGGCAGUCCGACCCAAACUCCAGCACCCUGCAGCUGGUGGCUAAUGAUAUGAGCGGCAUCAUGGAGAAGCUGGACACACGAGAACUGGACUUGGGAGACGGAGAGUACGACACGACAGACCAGACCACUACAGGUGAUUGUACCGUCUGACCUCGACAGGCGUCGGGAAACUUGGAGGAAUUCAGAGAGACUCAGUUUACCUGUAGUGUGCAGAUUUCAAACCCGGCAUUUCCUCGUUUCAUUUUUAAUAACUUUUUAUUACUAAGGAGGUCUGCAGCCUGUUAAACCUGCUGUUACAUUUGAUGACCUCUGACAGGAUAACAAUUAAUACCAAAACGGCCCAAAUAUGCCAAAUUAUCUAUUUUACCAAAUAAAGAAAAUCCGUUUUUUACCUUUUAAAUGAACCUUUUUGUUCUCAUUUGUUUGUACACUUCCAUCUGAUACCUGCUUUGUGUCCCUGCAGCGGAUCGUGUCCCUUUCACAGAGAUCUACAACACAGUGGCCUUCAAGGAGGCGGGGUCUAAAGUGUAUCUGUCCUCACCGAUAACGGCCAAGAUCCUGGAGGUGGAGCGCUUCACCUCGGCUCAGGACCGCUUUAACGUCAGCGCGCAGAGGAGCGUCAGCAAGGUGAGCUCAAACCUCCACUGCUGAGUCUUCAGUCAGAUCAUUUAAAGAGCCAAAGAGUAAACUUUUAAAAUCCUUUAUCUGACUGAAGUGUCUGUGUUCCUCUCUCAGUCGAUGCCGGCGGUGUUUAAGAUCGAGUUGAAGCACGGGGAGUUCACCUGGCUGGUGAAGAGGAAAGAGAAACACUUCAUAGAUCUGCACAGAGAGCUGAGGACCUACAAGGCGUUCAUGAGGCUGCCGCUGCCCACUCGCAGGUAAACACUUUAUAAACCAUUUUAAACCGAACUUAAAAAGUAGAGACAGUAGGGAUGAGUUUAUUGCCCAUGGUCGUCUGUUUCUGAUGAGUCCCAGUUUCACUGUAAACAGUAAGUUACACAAAGGCUUCACUCUGACUUACUUCAACAGUAUGGCCCAGAAAAGAAACUGCAUCGCAGUGCGCCUGCUUUUGCUCUCCAUACAUGCUUUUUUUCAAAGACACACCAAAAUCUACUAAUAAGAGAUUGGUUAAUAGUUCUUGAACUACUAAUUCAUCACAAAUGGAAACCAGAAAACUUCUCAUAUUAAACUCUAGACCUUAGGUAAUAGAUUCUGCACGUUUCUGUGUAAAGUCUGUAAAUAGAGAUUUACAGACCAGAAAGUCCCAGUGUCUGUCUCAGUCUUCAGGAUCUGACUUAAAAUCCUCUCACUGACUCUUGUCACGUCUCUCUGCAGUCACACUGUGAGGAGGCAGACGGCAGCGAGUGGGGUGAGGCAGAUGCCAAACCUCCCCCGAGGAGGGGGAGACGAGCUGGCCAGAGAUGACCAGGUUUCCAGUCGAAAGGUAAGAAAAUCACCGCCUCUCUCUUUACUCUUUGAACGUACAGGAAAGGUCUGAUGAUGUUCUUGAUUGUUCCAGAAACAACUGGAGGAUUACUUGAAUAAGCUGCUGAGGAUGCCGAUGUACAGAAACUACCAUGCAACAGUGAGUUUGGCGUCUUCGUUCAAAUUGGACCUGAAUGCCCUAAAAACAUAAAAAAUAUCUGUUUUCUUAAUAAAAACAUGUUUUCCUCUCUCAGAUGGAGUUCAUUGAUGUUAGCCAGCUGUCUUUUAUUCACGAUCUGGGACCAAAAGGCUUGUAAGACAAAACAUUAUUUUAGACCAUCUCUCAAAAAUUUGGCAUUAUGGGGCGGUUCAUAAUUAUCUGAACAUCUUUUCUCGUCUUUCAGAGAAGGAAUGGUGCUGAAGAGAUCUGGCGGUCAUCGGAUUCCCGGGAUGAACUGCUGCGGUCACAGUAAAAUCUGUUACCGCUGGUCCAAACGGUCAGUGAACGCCUACAGACACACAAACUGAUAUAAAGGGUGUUGAAAUAAAGAUUUGCUUAUUUUCAGAGACUACUGCUCCAAUUUCUGAGUGACAUAUUAAUUUUCUUGUCUGGGUGGUGUUGGGGCUCAGCUGGCUGGUGGUGAAGGACUCGUUCCUGCUCUACAUGAAGCCGGACUCUGGUGCUAUUUCCUUCGUGAUGCUGGUCGACAAAGAAUUUGACAUAAAAAUGGACUCCAAGGAGACAGAGACUAAACACGGCGUCAGAAUUGACAGCUUGUCCAGGUGUGUGACCUAGAAAAGUGUCUUCCUCUUGAACAAAAACACUGUCACUCUCUGUAGGGAUCCUCUCUGAUAUGUUGUCAGAAACUGAAGAUAACAAGCUGAGCUGAAAACACAUGACACAUAAAGAUUGUAUGCAGUACAGUGAGGGGCAAUGCAAUGUCAUACAGUAAUACCACACAAAAAAGAUAAGAUAACAAGAAGAUACUGUGCAGUACAGUAUGAUAGUAUGGGGUAAUAAUAACUGUACAAUAGGACAGAGAAUGCUGCAGUAUGAUACUGUACAUGACAAUACAACACUGUAUGGGAAGAUAAGAUUUGAUGUACUCUAAUACAAUAUGAUAUGAUACACUACAGUCUGAAAUAAUAGAAUUGAAUAUAAAGUGAUUAAACACGAUGUGGAAGGAUGGGAUACAAUAGUAGGCCAUACCAUACUAUAUCGUACUAAACUUUACUAUACUAUACUAUAACAUACUACACAGUACCAUACUAUUCCAAAUCAUACCAUACUGUACCGUACUAUACUACACCAUACUAUACCAUACCGUACCAUAUCAUACCAUACCAUACCAUACCAAACUAUACCGUACUAUACCAUACACAACAAAACCAUACUAUACUAUACUAUACUAUACUAUACUAUACUAUACUAUACUAUACUAUACUUUACCAUGCUUUACUAUACCAAACUAUACCAUACUAUACUAUACCAUACCAUACUACACCAUACGAUAAAUUAUCAUACUAUACCAUACCAUAUUACACCAUACUAUACUAUACUGUACUAUACUACACCAUAUUAUACCAUACUGUACUAUACCAUACUAUACCAAACCAUAAUAAACCAUACCAUACUAUACCAUACUGUACUAUACCAGACUAUACCAAACCAUAAUAAACCAUACCAUACUAUACCAUACUGUACUAUACCAUACUAUACCAAACCAUAAUAAACCAUACCAUACUAUACCAUACCGUACUAUACCAGACUAUACCAAACCAUAAUAAACCAUACCAUAUUAUACCAUACCCUUCUGUACCCUACCAUACUAUACUAUACUAUAGUAUAGUAUACUAUACUAUGCUAUACUAUACCAUACCAGACUAGACUAUACUAUAGUAUACUAUACUUUACAAUACUUUACCAUACCAUACUAUUCUACACCAUUCCAUACUAUACCAUACUAUACUUUACCAUACUAUACCAUUCCAUACUUUUCCAUACUUUUCCAUACUAUACCGCACUAUACCAUACUAUAUGUUUAUCAUACUGUUUUAAAUGUUCUUAACAGUUGUUUGAAUAAGCGUGUGUGUGUUUGUCUGUGUGUGUGUUCAGGUCCCUGGUGCUCAAGUGCAGCAGCUACAGACACGCCCGCUGGUGGGGUCAGGCCAUCGAAGGCUUCAUCCGCAAACACGGCUCGGCUUUCCUCACCGACCACCGCUUCGGAUCCUUCGCCAGAGAGGAAGUGAACAUCCCUGCUAAAUGGUAACCUUGACAACCAACCAUCAUCAUCCGCUGAAGCUGUACUUACCUUUGACUUCGGGCUCUUUUGAGCCACUAAAGUGAGCCUCUCAUGAAGCCUGGUAUCAAUGGACAUUAAUGAGUUCACCUUUGGGGCCUUCGGCGUUACAUCCAUGUAAAUAAGCGCCACAUAGCACCACCAGGUAUCUGUGGAAAUGUCUAGACAAGGCUUAGUCCACUUGGCAGAGGGUGUGUGAGUGUGUGUAUGUACCAUGUGUGUAUGUAUGGUGUGUGUAUGUGUGUGUCUCGCUGGAGUAACCCGACACAAAGAGAGGGAAAGUGAGCCUCUGAUGCUCAUCACUCUGUCCCAGCUGGGCAACACUAUACUGUCUGUGAGGUGGACUCUGUGUGAGUGUGUGUGUAUAAGUAUGUGUGUGUGUCUGCAACUAAGAGGUUUCCCAUAAAAAACCCCUCCAGAUUCAAAAGUGCGGGGUCUUUUUGGUUAUUCUCGUUGUCUGAAGGUGUGUGUGUUUCUACACUUAGAGGUAUUUGUGUGUUUUCUGCAGGUAUGUGAACGGGAAGACGUAUAUGGAAGAUGUGGCCAACGCUCUGGAGGAAGCAAGGGAGGAGAUAUUUAUCACAGACUGGUGGUAAGAGAUCAUAUCUGUGUUUGUGUGUGUGCAGAAAAAUAAAGGAGAUGUUUAAAGGCAGGGAGGAUUUACAUUUAUUCGUGUGUGAGAGAGUGCAGCGAGUGCACUUGGCGGUCACCUCUCAGGGAGGUGUCCUGGUCAAACAGAUCAGUUUCAGUCUGAGGCUCGGACUACUGUUAUAUUAACACCACACGCACAAACACACAAUUCAGAGCUGUAAGCUGAACAUGAGUGUGUAUAGUCAAAGAAACACAAUUUUCCUUAUUUUUGUCGACACAUUCUGGUUUUAAAGUGUCUAAAUAACAAAAUCAGAACUCAGUUUUGGUGUUAGGAAAGUGUUUCAAUGAGAAAUAAAAAAAGGAAGUGUGGGUAAAUGAAACCAGGAACUACAGGAAGUAUUAAAUGAGGAUGUCUCAUGCUGUGAUCUUCUACAGGUUGAGUCCAGAGAUCUUCUUGAAGAGACCGGUCGUUGAGGGAAACCGCUGGCGUCUGGACUGCAUCCUGAGACGCAAAGCGGUGAGAAAGCAACCAUUUCUUUGAUAGUCUGUGUAAAAGGAGAUCUGCUCUCAAAGAUUUUUAUUUUAUGUAAUAAGAGUAAUAGAAAUGUUUUUAAGAUUACCGUUCAGUGAUACAUAUAUAAUGUUGUUGUUAAGGUUUUAAACCUAUUCAAGAUCUGUAACCCUCAGUUUAGAGCCCUGAAAGAAACUCCAAGGAGGGUCUAUGAGUCUCUGAAAGGCUACGAAGUUAAGGAUGACAGGAGUGACUGAUUAACAUUUCAGGAUGUAAACCUCUGCAGUUCACAGGAUUUGUUGUUGGGAGGAGUAGAUUUUCAGGCGAGACUCACUGAUAAAUGUCUGUCUGACAUUGUAAGCCAUGAAAAGACGUUCUUUGCUUCCUGAACCCCCCUACGAUACAAAGGGUGGAUUGAUACAGUAAAGUUAAUCAUUGGCUAGUCUUGAACUGCUUUGAAUCUUAUCUUACUGACAGGAACUUUUAUGCGAAUAUGGUUGAAUUCUUAUCUAGACGAUACAAAAUGAAUUGUGGUGUCCCCCAGGGGUCAAUUUUAGGUCCCAUGCUUUUUGACUUUUGUAUGUUACCGCUUGGAAAUGUCAUCAAGAGGCCGGCCAUCAAAUUUCACAGCUAUGCAGAUGACACACAGCUUUAUAUUGGCAUGUCUCCCGAUGACUAAUUGAUACCCUAUUUACCUGUAUUUUACUUACUCUCAUGUAAACACACUGUCUCCUCCAGAUUUGCGACUGAAUAUCCUUUACUGUGGCUUUAAAUGUGGAGCAGGGCUUUACAGAUGCUCUACUCUGGAUGGCUCUAAUUUGAAAACGUCAUUUUAAAUACCGUCCUGGACUGAUUUUAGGCGUGUUUGUUCUAUUAUUUUUAUAGCAACAAGGAGUGCGUAUCUUUGUGAUGCUGUAUAAGGAGGUGGAGUUAGCUCUGGGCAUCAACUCUGGAUACAGCAAGAGAACUCUGCUGCACCUCCACCCCAACAUCAAGGUCUGUCUGCGGUUCAUAACUACAUUAUUAUCAUCAUAAAUAUACAUGUUACCGGUCUGAAUGUCGGAUUUUCUCCCAAAGGUGAUGCGUCAUCCGGAUCACGUCUCCUCCGCCGUUUACCUGUGGGCUCAUCACGAAAAGAUCAUCGUCAUCGACCAAUCAGUGGCCUUUGUCGGGGGGAUUGACUUGGCGUACGGUCGCUGGGACGACAGAGAACACAGACUGACGGAUGUUGGGAGUGUCACACGGUCACACCUGGAGCAGGUCAGACACACACACACACACACACACACACACACACACACACAGUCCUCUGCAUCUUUGUCUCUCUGUUUUCUUUUUCAGUUUUGACAUUUGCUCCGUAUUUUGAUGACUUUUAUGUGUGUUGAUUUUAAUUACAGUCAAAUAAGGUCGUAAAUGUUCCUUUAUUUGACUCAGGGUUAGGGUUACAUGAAAAUGACUCCUGUUAAAUUAUGUCUGUAAAUGAACAAUAUACAUUUUUGGGAGGAUAUAGUCGUUAUGUAUUUUUAAAAUGUAUUUCCUAAUUUAAUUUCUAAUUUAAUUUAUUGUAUUAUUAUUUAUUUAAUUAAUUUUACCUGGAUUCCUUUUUCAAUUAUUUUUAAUAAAUUUUGAAAUUUUAUUUAUUGUGUCUAAUUGUUUUAUAAUCAACUUAUUCUGUUUCAUUUUAAUUUUUAAAAAUAUUUUAUUUCCUCUCAUUUUACAGGCUGAAGCUGCCUCCUCCAACACGGCCUCCCCCGCCAACGGCAGCACUGCGCAGACCAACGGGAGGGGAGUGUUUACGGUGAUGGACUCAGUGGAUCAGCCGAAGCUGAAGGGUCAGGGGCGAGCAAAGAGGACCAGGUUCAGCAUCAGGAGACACCUGCAGAAACACGGGCUCGCCAGCCCAGACAGCGACACCGACAGUGACGUGGAGGAAGAAGCCAGUGAGUCUGACACUCAAGCGAACCAUGUUUUUAAUUUCACACAAAAGCAGAAUAUGACAGCUGGUACAAACUCACUGUGGUAUGAACCUUAAAAUAUAUCAUGGGCACUGUGAGGUCUGUUUAGUCGAGUCCAAAGUAUUACCAGCAGAGACACGGCCUCAGUCCGGGCUGCGGUCUCAGUGUUUGUGACCGCUCUGUUUAGGUUGGUCCGACAGCGUCACCAGCCAACACAACCUCAUCCACAGCAGGCUGGCCGAGCUGAGGACGGCCUCCCCGAUCGGCCAGUGUCAGGCUGGUGAGUUGGAGGCACCGACCCGCCUCCCGUCUCCCAGUGUGCUUUGCUGUGGCUCUGAAUUGAACUGAACAGCGUUUGGUUUGUGUGUGAGAUAACCUUUAAUUAUAAGAAAAGAGGAGGGUAGAAAAACCUCGAAACAGAGAUUUACUAAAAGAAGCUUUUAAAAUGUGAUUAAAGGGAAGAAAGUGAGUCUGAACAGAUCCAGCCAUGGAGUCAUGCACGUCAAACUUGGAGCAGGGCUGGGUUUAUAUGAUGAGAAACUGCAGCCUGUAAUCACAUGCCCUUCACUCUUGGCGCUCGUCUCUGUUUGCAGUGAAACAGAUGCAGAAGUUUUAGUAACUGAAGAAGAGCUGAUGUUUGCUCGUGUGGUGCGUCUUUGUUUGUUCAGCUCGUAUGAUGGAUCAGAGGAGUCCUGGAUGAACGUGCAAACAGCGGCUUUUAUAAACAAAAAUGAAUCUGAGUAUCUGGUAGGAGUCAUGACGCUCCCCCUCUGACUGUUUUCUCAGUUAUUUCUUAGUUACUGUUGCACCUCAUUUCAGGGUAAAACAGUGAAACUCAAUGAAGGUUUGAUCAAUCUUGAGUGCGGUGCUGUCUUCUCUGCAGCUGCUGUUUCAUCUCUGCAAAAGUGCCUUCGAAGUAUUUUCUAAACAGCGGUGCAUCUCUGUCGGGAUAAUCUCAUCAUCCUGCGGUGUGCUGUAAACAGAUUAGACCACGCUUAACAUGCUUCACGGCUUUGAACUCUGGUAUCUGUGAAUGUAGCUUAGGUUAUUUUUACUUUUAUUCAGGUCUAAAUGACAAAAAGGGACAAAUAAUUCACCCACCAGAGUGUUUUUUUUGGCUGACAGGCUCAGACUGUUAUUUCUAUGAGGUGGCGUGUCAGCGUCAACAGCUUUGACAUUGUUCUAUUCAGAGCCACCGGACUCCUUUGAUCCAGAUCAGGGGUUGAUCAAGAAACACAGGAACUGCUUGUUUACUGUUACAUGAAUCAGUUUUUAAAGGAAAGGCUGAAAUUUCCUCUUAAACUUCCUGGACCUGAAUAAGUCCAAACUCAGAACUGAGGGUGACCAUAUUCUGACUUCCCAAAAAGAGGAAAUGACUACGCGAGGGUGGAGUCACUUUACGUGUCACUUCAAGUGUCACGUUACGUGCCUCUAACUCAGUAAGUCCACGUGACAGAAACAUUUGAAGGAUUUUAUAAACUUCUCCGGACAAAUCUGGACAGCCCCCAAAAAAGAGGACAUGUCCGGGUAAAAGAGGACGUAUGGUCACCCUAUCAGAGCUGGUCUUUUACAGAUUUUUCGUCACUCAAGUUUAAAUUUCUUCUUCGUGUGUUUUAGGAAGUGGAUCAGUUCGCAGUCUACAGACAGGAGUCGGGGAGUUGUUUGGAAACACGCGGUUCUGGCACGGGAAAGACUACUGCAACUUCGUUCACAAAGACUGGAUCCAGCUGGACAAACCGUUCGAUGGUGAGCGCCCUCUUUGGCUUUACCCAUGAGUCUUUGCUGUCUGGAGGAAAUCACACCACCUCUUACCUUCUGCGGUUCUUGGUUUUGUUCUUUAAGAUUUCAUCGACAGACACACGACUCCCAGAAUGCCUUGGCACGACAUCGCCUCAGUGGUUCAUGGGAAAGCGGCUCGUGACGUGGCUCGGCAUUUCAUCCAGCGGUGGAACUUCACAAAGGUCAGAGGUCAUGCUGUUGCUGUUUCAGCACACUGAGAGAAGAUCAGAGUGUUUUUUUUUGUGUGCUUCGGCCUCCUGACCAGAGUUCGGGUCAGUGAAAGUUUUGGAACAAAGACUUUCAUAAAUGUUAAUUCUCCUGCUGAUUUUCAUCUGUAUAAGUCUGUUAGCGUCACACAGUUAGCCAACACUAUGCAUGCAGUGUAAUGAGUGUUGUUUACAGUUGGUGUUCAUGCAAGAGGAUGCACAAGAUGCACAAUAUUCUUCUAUGGUUUGAUGUGAUGCACUAAUUACUCAGUAUAACCACCUGCUGGUCUGGCAUGCUUCUGCAAGUUUCACUUCUUCUGUGUUUUUUUGCAUGGACGGAAAAAUAUCAAACUACCUCUAGUUUGGUUAGAAAUACUUGAGUACAUGUGGGCAAAGCCUGAAUGUGAGAUGAGAGCACUGCUUCAUUUUAUUUUAGCAACAGUAAGAAAAAGUGUUCGAUCAGAGUCACUUAGAAAGAUCCAGACCUGUUCGUGCUCCUCGUGGAAAACAACGUGUUCCACUCUCAUAUCUGAAACCUUGACCUCUCUGAUUGAUGGUGAUGGUGAGUGGAUCAGGUCUGUCUAGACUAAGAAACAUCUCGAACACUUGUUGAUACCGGGGUUAAAUCUAACUGUUCUGACUCUAUGCAGUGCAGCAGUGCAUGCUGGGAGCUCCUUUUGACGUUUUCCUGUUCCCUCUCCAGCUGAUGAAGCCAAAGUACCGCUCCAUGUCGUACCCGUGUCUGCUGCCCAAGACCCACUCCACAGCCGGAGAGCAGAGAUACCAAGUCCCCAACUGCACCCCUGCCAAAGUACAGGUGGGUACCUCGCCGGUCUCCUGAGUCCAGCUCUCUGUGGAUCAGCUAAAUUUCCAACGUCAUGUCUUUGACUUCUGAAAGAGCGAUUUUGACGUCUGCUCACACUCAUUUCUCCAACAGUCUUUACCUCAAAUAAUUCUGAAUCCUGCAGUUUUACUGGAGUUCGGUUUUGUCUCCAGAGUAGAAAUCAGUCUCAGCAGUUAAACACAAACGUCACUCUAAAUCAAAUUCUCCUCUUGGCAAACAGCGAGUUAAAUGUUUUAUACACAUCAUGAUUUUCUUUCUCUGACCUGCUCCUCUCUCCUCUCAGAUCCUUCGUUCAGCCUCUGACUGGUCCGCCGGCAUCAAGUACCACGAAGAGUCCAUCCACAACGCUUACGUCCACACCAUCGAGAACAGCCAACACUUCAUCUACAUAGAGGUCAUUUAUCUGUUUUACCUUCCUGCUCAUCUCACUUCCAUUAAGUCUGUUCUGAUCUGCAAAGUUCGUGUUGUUCUCCUUCUUCUUCUGUGCUGAAGUUACCACAAUUUUAGAUAAGAGUGAAUUUUCGACAAAUGAAAAUCAUCCAUUUAUCUCUCUCUGUUUGAUUUAAUUUCAGAACCAGUUUUUCAUCAGCUGCGCCGACAACCGACAUGUUUUCAACAAGAUCGGAGACGCUAUUGCAGAGCGCAUCAUUAAGGCAUACAGGUAAACUGUCACACAACAUCUAAUUAUAAAUGAAUGUAAAUGUCCAUUCUUUAUGAGUUUAAAAUCAAACUAAUUAAAUGAAUGACUCACAGACUGAUUUUAGGUCAUAAUUCCUGUUUGAUUUGACCUCUAACUUGAAUAUUUUCCUCUUUAUGGUUCUUUUUCUCGCUCCGUGUGUGUGUGAUGUUUCCUCGUCUGGGAUUUUAGUGCUUAUCAGAGGGAAACACAUGAACACACUCCAGCUUUAACAAACAAACCUGACCUGGUUUCUUCUGUUGAGCUUCAGUCUGCAAACAGUCUACGGCAGGCAGCUUCAAUACAUGCAGAAUCUUUCAUGUGGUAACAAUGCAGCUGUGGGCUGAUAUUUGAUGAAAGGCUGUCACAUGUUGACAAAGUCUUUCUUUAAUCCUGUUUCAAUAAAACCCAAAUAUUAGCGGUUAGAAUUCGGUGCAGGAGUUUGUAAAACCUUCUGACAAAAGUGUCGUGAACUCGAUAAUAAACUCUUAAUCGCACGUUUCCAGUCAAACCUCUGAAAUUGUCGUGUCUCUCUGUGUGCGCUUUGAAAUAUUUCAGGGAGGGUAAAAAGUACAGAGUGUACGUGGUGACGCCUCUGCUGCCGGGCUUCGAAGGAGACAUCAACACCGGAGGGGGCAGCGCCAUCCAGGCCGUCAUGCACUUCAACUACAGGUGUGUGUUUGUGUGUCUGUGUGUGCGAUGGGUGUGUGAUGAUAAAGCUUUCAUGAACCGUCCUGCUGUUUGAGGUUGUUUGCUGAGGGUGAAAUCCAGGAAGGAGCCAGUGAUCGAUUACCACCACUCCUCUACCUGAUUAACAGCGCUGUAAACUCUGUGUGUGUGUGUCUGUGUGUGUGUGUGUGUGUGUGUGUGUGUGUGUGUGCGCGCGUCAUGCCUUUUGACGCUGACAUUCAUUAUCCAGCCUGCAUUCUUAAGUAGGCCUGAACGAUAUAUCGUUUGACUAUCGUCAUCGCGAUGUACGUGUGUGCGAUAGUCACAUCGCAGAGCCUGCGAUAUUGGAGGUGAAUGAACUCAUUUAAUUUCAAGGGUAACCGACUGAGAUACACUCCAUGUGACUCUGCAUGUGCUGUGCAGCGAUCCACCAAUCGCCUUCGUCCUUAACUCAGUUGCCAAUCAGACUCAGUUCUCAGUUGCCAAUCAGACUACCCUGCCAGCUGUCAAUCAAAAUCAGGGAGGAGAAAACCCACCCCUGCACAUGUUCUGCACAUGGAGGGAGACGUGUGUCCGCUGAGAAUUACUUUCGGAACUUUACUCAUGACUAUUAAGCCCAACAAAUAAGAACUGUAUGGGUUUUAAAUUGUACGUUUCUGCGGACCACUCUACUAUAAGCAGUGCGCGUUUUGCGAGGUGCAUGCAAUUCUCGGAGGACAUGCGUUUCUCGGCACAACACCGCUAACAACAACAACAACGAUCGCAAAAUGAACAACGAACAAGCGAAAACCACCGAAAAUGAAGAUUUGUUGCCAAAAAGAAAAUGAAAGUCAGUUAUCUGGAAUUAUUUCGGUUAAAAGAAGGAUGAUGUCGACCAAAACACGUCUUCUGUGUUCAUCUGUUGCCACAAUAACGUCCCAGCACAAUAAAAGCUAAAAAUAUCUCUGAGACAGACAGAAGCCGUUCUGCUAACAUUCACAAAAAGAGGUAAGAUCAGAGCAGGUUAACUGUCCUCAAGAUUUCAGCAGUGCAGUAUAACAUUAAGUGCUAUUCAGGUCAUCUGGUGAAAAUACUGUAUUUUUAAUAUCGCAAUAUAUAUCGCAGGGUUGAAAAAAUCGCAAUAUUAUUUUUUUCCAAUAUCGUGCAGCCUUAUUCUUAAGCAAACAGCUCUCCCUCUGACACACAGAGCCUCGUGUUGUGUUGUGUGUCUGUGCUGCUGCUCUCACACCUGUGUGUGUUUGUGUGUCUGUGUUCACCUGCAGGACCAUGAACAGAGGAGACCACUCCAUCAUCUCACAGAUCAAGAGAGAGAGUAAGUCAGAAACGGAGACAGAUUUGAGUUUACACACAAAGAGAUGGUUUUAAGACGUCAUGUGACCUGCUGAAAAAAGUCCCAAAGAAUGGCAGGAGCUUAAGUUUGACCACACACUGAAUUUAUCGUGUUUCUUUCUUUUUUAUUAAUUUUAGGACUUUGUGUGUUUUUGUUUGCUUCAAUGUUGGGAUGGGUCGUGCUGAAACCAGCGGGGCUCUGUCUGCAAAUCUGUCGUGUUCAUUUCAGUGUUUUUUUCUGGGUUUCUGUGAUUGAUUAAUGCUGUCUGCACCUGGUCUGUGUUAAACUGGUUUUACAUGGACGUUUAUCUCACAUUAAUCCUGGUCUAUGAGGACGUGGAGACAACUUGAUGUGUUUCAGGUCACAUGACAGACAUCGCUUUAUAACCCUGAGUCUCUAUAUCUCAAGGAUGACUUUUUCUCUGAGACUUUUAGGAGCAACAUUUACUGAGAAGAGAGAGAAAUGGAGAAUUUUUGCAACAGAGAAUAAAAAAACACUACUUCUUUGGCUCUCUUUAGACCCCUUUUGCAUCAUUUCUGAGUCAGGCUUCUAGAUUUCCAGUUUCCUGUGCAGAAAUGACUCACUCCUCUACAUCUUUUCAUUUCGACUUAAAGCUAUCAGCACAUUUGCUCAGAAAAGCUGAUUUAAUGCAGAAGAAAAGUCCAACAUUAACAUUUAGAGGAGCUUCAGAAGGUGGAGCAGGUCCCCCUCUAAUAACAAGAUCACAUUUCGGCUUUUUGCUCCUCCAGAAAUAUUGAACUCAGUCUGUCAUUAAAGCUCAGCAGAGCCUGACCGAACCCCAGAUUUGCCCCCAAACUCACAAAAACCACUUACAUGUUACGGGACACGCAUGUUAAAGCCAAAAACUAGAAGUAAAAGAGUACGCAUCUGGACUGAGGUUUGGUGUAUUUUCAGACUUCUCAUGCCUGUAAUCUCACUGCUGGUUUACCCAUGUUUUACUCCAUUAAGAGCAUUUAAUUUGACGUUAAGAAAAUGAUGGUUUUUGAACUUAUUUUAGACACCAAACAGGUCCAAACUUAUUUUAAAUGUACUAAAAGAUGACGAUAAUGAACUGUAAAGUAUCUCUGCUGUCACUGAUCUCCUCAUACUUUGGGAUAUUUAUCAAAAAAGACAUUAACACCCUCUAACAGUUGUCUGUUUUUAAUCCAGUGGGAGAGCAGUGGAUGAACUACAUCUCCAUCGCGGGUCUGAGGACUCACGCUGAUCUGGAGGGGAAGCUGGUCACCGAGCUCAUCUACGUCCACAGCAAGAUGCUCAUCGCGGAUGACAACACCGUCAUCAUAGGUACAGCUUUGACGUUGACGCAGCAGCUUAAGUUUCUCCAUUACAGGAUUAAAAGAUGACAGAUGUAAUGAAGUAUUCCCCAGACGUUACACCGAGCAUGUAUAAUAGAGGAGACAGAAACCAGAGCUGCAGAGAGGGACCCCUGGUCAACAAGAGUCCCUUCAGAGAUAAAAGAAAAAUCCACUUUUAUGAGCAUGAGUGGGUUUGUUGGUCUCUACAUGUCAGCUCUGUGAAAGACUGAGAACCGGUCCAAUGACAGCUGUGAGAAUCUUAAGCCCACCUGCAGCUCUGAAUGGGAUAACUUGACUUGAACAAAAUUACGCUUCUCACGGUCAGGAGCAAAGAAGUGCAAAGACGAGUCAAAACUGAUAAAAAUAACAACAGCAAGUGAAAAACGGAGAGAAAGAACGACAAAAAAACAGGCUAAAACAGGACUGUAAGGUGGGUACAGAUGAACAGUUAUGGGACACAGAUGUUGUUUAUGUGUGCACUGAAUUUUGCACAUGGAGAAGACUGAAUGGUCCUGAUCUUCAAGCCCUCAAGCAGCACUGCAUUAAAAACAGACAAGACUCUAUAGUGGAAGUCACCGCAUGGGCUCAAAAUCACCGUUAAAAUCAUCAUCUGUGAACACAUACAGGUUCAAACUGGACCAUGCAAAGAGGAGGAGAGAGAAAAAGCAUGUGUGAACAUGAUGCAGAGGCACCGUUGACUUCCUAAACCCCUCUGAGAUGAGCUGAGGUUGGAAACAAUGAUCACUGUUUCCUCCACUCUGAGGAGGAGUGGGACCACCUGGCUUUUUAUACAACAUAUUUUCCCAACAUGUUUGUUAUACUCAAACAGAAACCUGUAAAUAACCGAAUCAUAAUAGAUCAGAAAUGUUAAAGCAAACCUUUAAUUUUUAUUUAUUUAACCAGGAAACAUCCCAUUGAGAUGAAGAAACUCAGCAAACACAAAAUACAGUUAGAUAUUUACAUUAACUUAAUUAUUUACAUUAAGUACAUAUACAUAUAUUGUGUUCAUAAAAAGACAGUUUCGUAGUCUUGAUCUCAGUUAAAGGGUCGCAGUCCUCUGUGGAGUCAAAACAUGAGGUUUGAAAUCAGGUCUUAUAGCACCACCUUCUGGCUGACAGCGCUCAGACUCACUCGUCUCUGUUCUUUUGUGUUCCUGCAGGCUCUGCAAACAUCAACGACAGGAGCAUGCUGGGAAAACGAGACAGCGAGGUAGCGGUGAUCGUGGAGGACUCGGAGACGGUGACGGCUGUGAUGGAUGGUCAGGAGUACCAGGCGGGGAAAUACGCCCUGCAGCUACGCCUCGAGUGCUUCAAGUAAACACACAUCGUGCAUCUCCCAUCUGUUUUUUCUCGAGUUUAUCCUCUAAUUUACUGACUUUUCACGCCUCAUUUCAGGAGAACACAGUUUAUAGACAUUAUAACUUCAUAAAGAAUGAUUACACUUUCAGUUCUUCUUUGUUUGCCAAACAUCUCCUCUCGCAAUUUCCUGCAGAGUUCCUCUUUCAGGAACUUUUACUCUUUCUUAACUUCUCUUUCUCUCUCUCUCUCUCUUUCAGGACCAUCCUCGGCGGUCACACCGAUCCCUCCAUCGACGUGUCCGAUCCCAUCAGCGAUCACUUCUACAAGGAGGUGUGGAUGGCUACCUGCGCUCGCAACGCCACCAUUUACCAGAAGGUCAGUCUGAGGGUUCGUCUGAGCUUUGUAUUCGUCUCAUCUCAUUACGCUCAAAACCCUGUAUGAAGGUUUUUUCUUAUUAAACCUUCAGUGAGAUUAAAAAGGCUGUUUUCAAAAGGAGAUUUGGCUGUGCUGCCGAGCUGCAUGAAUAAAAGAACAGCACUAUUACAGAAAUGAUGUCGAAGCAUGAAUAAGUCCCAUUUAAAGAGAGAGGUCUGUGAGUCAGCUGCACAGUCAGCUCUGUUUAAUACGCCGACAUGAUAAGAAGUCUGAGUCACGCUUUUGUUUCAGAGUUAAAAGCUUUAAAACAGAUUAAUUCUGUCGUUUUCAAGUCCUGCAGUGUUUAAAAUAGAAGGGAUGUCCCUGUCAGGGUAUUUGGCUCCUGAUUCAAAGUGUCUGCAGAUCCGGUGUCCUGGUUUACAUGCUCUGGGGUACGAGACCCGUGGGACUGGUGUGAGUGCAAAACUGCACACUUCAAAAUAAAGGCGGAGGAAUCAGUCCAGCGAGGCUCGAACCUCAGAGCUCCAGAAAUGAUCAUAAAUGUUCUUCCUUGAGCUGCGUCACCCCGCUGUAGUCCCUAAUGGACUGGCCUGAGGUCUCGCAGCAUGGAAGAGAGUAGGUGAGUUGUGUUUAGUCUCUUUGCUCAAGAAAUUAGUCAAAGUUAAAAAGAUAUUUGGUGGCUAACUAGAGAAGCAGGCGGUUGGAAACAUUCAUCUCUGGAGGGGGUGUCUAACUCGGUGUUACGGUGUUUGACCCUAAAUUAGUUUUACGCUGGAAUAUCCCUUUAAAGCUCCAUGCGUGGUUUUACAUUCUUCUGUUAUUUUUUCAGCGACGGAGACAAACCUGAAAAAAAAAGAAAUCCUCACAGAGAAAAAUCUGCUCUGAGUUGACGAUCAUCUCUCUUUCUCACUGCUCUCUUUUUUUCCUCAGGUGUUCCGUUGUUUGCCGUCCAGCGAUGUCCGUAACAUAUUUGAGUUGGAGGGCUUCCGCGCCAAGCCGGGUCUCGACAAAGAGGACCCGAGUCGGGCUCAGGAGGAGCUGAAGAAGAUCCGCGGCUUCCUGGUCCAGUUUCCUCUCCAGUUCCUGAGUGAACAGAAUCUGCUUCCUCCCAUUGGAUCCAAGGAGGCCAUGGUGCCCAUGGAGGUCUGGACCUGAGGCAGACAGACUCACCUGUGGUUUUAUGUGUUCACCCAUGGUCCUUCAGACCCUCUCUGGUCCUGUUUUGGAGGUCCUUCUGGUUCAAAAAACAGCUGCUGGGUUUUUAAAAAUCACAUUUAAAGGAAAAUGAAUCACAGAGUUCUGAAAGUGUUUUUGAGGGUCCAUAAAUCAGUGAAGACUGCUCUCUGAUCGUAUCUACCUGCAGCAGGUAGUCACAUGUUUGCACAGUUAAGUUAGUUAAGGGUGUGUUUCACCCUGAGUGCAGCCUCACAGGCAUGUUUUCCUCGAGCUCUGUCUCACUCAUUGACUGUACAAAAUCUGAAAAUAACUUGAGGAGGCACAACAAAGCCCAAAGUUAGCUUUUCUCACUCUUCAUCUCACUUUACAUCAAUUCAGAAAGAGGUGGGACUUAAUCCUCACUUUACCCGCCCACUUGUCAAUCAAGUGGCGGCAGUAGCUCAGGAGGUAGAGCGGUCGUCCAAUGACCGGAAGGUUGGCGGUUCGAUUCCCCCCUAAUCCAAGUCUGUCCGUUGUGUCCUUGGGCAAGACACUUAACCCACCUCCCUCCCAGUGUGUGUCCUCCACUGGUGUAUGAUUGUGAGUGUUGUGUGGUGGUGGUCGGAGAGGCCGUAGGCGCAGAAUGGCAGCCACGUCUCCACCACCACCAAAGUGUGACUGUGUGAGCGAAUGAAUGAAGUAUCCAAUGUAAAGCGCUUUGAGGGUCUCUGAUAAAGCGCUAUAUGAAAUCUGAUGCAUUAUUAUUAAUCAUAUUGGCCACACCCAUUGCAUGCACAAAAUCUGUUCUAAACAGCAGAAAAGAUACGAAAAAAGAAAAGAGAAUAAUUUAUGAAACUUAGUUGAAUGACAGAAUAGAUAUGGCGCCUGUUUAUUGAGUCAGCUCCAGGACUGCAGGAGUUCACAAUCUCGGGCCUGUUUGGUCCAGUGCAAAAAUGAUAGUUUGAUGUUUAUGCAUCAGGUACGAAAUUAACUUUUUGAUUCACAGACCAAGUUGGCAGAUUCAUGAGAAAAGUCAAAGGCUGAGCAUAUUUAUUACUGGUGAAAACACUAAACAUGGUUUUUGUGUAACACAUUUGUUGCAGAAUAUUUCAUCAAGACAACAACAAUUUGGACAAAAGAGAGGAGGCUAAAUUAAAAAAUUUAGCACUUUUUUGAUACCAAAUGCUGCCCAAUCUCACAUCCUUGAUCCCUCCCAAAAAAAACAGUUGCAGCGGGGCCGUUAGUGUUGAUGAAUAGUUUCUACAGGUGGUAACUUUGGACCCUGCUCAUGCAUUUUAGUGUCAGGUUUUUGUUUUAUGAUUGUGCCGUCUCAAAAACAAACAGAAGACAAGAAAAAAAAGUAUAUUCUCAAAAAACAGGUGCACAAUUUUCCCUCAAAGGUGAAGUUAUAUGCCUGUAAGACUAUACCCAGGGUGGAGAACACAAGGAAACACACAGUCCACUGUCCACUGCCUUAUUUUGGCAGCACAGCAGCCUGAAGGACUUUCAAAACAGUGUUAGGUGUGUUCAUGAAGAAGCGUCUGUACCAGCAGUGCCACUGAACACACGUUAAAAACAGCUCACUCAGAGAGGAGUCGUUGGACGGACAUAGCAACUCUUAGAAAUUGAUUUAUUAUAUUCACAUUAUAGUUUUAAACGGAUAAAACAACACAUACAGAGACAUGUACACGCUCACAUGGAGAGAGAGAGAGAGACCAGCAGACGAGCGUUGAACUCCACGGUGCCUGAACAAUCCGGGCCUCAUGUUUACAAGACGACUAAAAAAAACGUCUCGCUUCUUCAUUCUCUUCAUAACACUAUGCAACGUCCAAGGCUGGCGAACGCAGCUCGGACUCUUCUCUGUGGGAGAGGAGGCUUUGAAAGACACUAAAGGACACUUGAAUAAAGGGGACAAAGAGGAGGAGGAGAGGAUGAAGAGCUGGACGGAGCUGACGGCCAUUUUUUAACACAUGUUUAUCGUAUAUAUCUGAACUCUUGAUUUUAAUAUUUAUGUCAAACAUGAAAUCACAAGUGCCAAAAACGACGAUGUUAACCAGAACACACAUCCAUUUACAUUCCUCAUCCUGUGGAGUCCAUGUGAAACCUUAAGUGACCUGUUUUUACGCUCUGAUGUGGUCUUUGUAGUUCUUAUGAUGGUGCUUUAUUCUGCUGUCAUUUCCUGGAAAAGUUUAUCGGAAAGAAAUCAAGAAGAGAUUCUGAGAAAGAAAUUAGAUUAAAUAUUAGAGGAAGAUCAAAUAUUAGAGAUUUUAUCCUCCACGCUGAAAGUGAGCACAUGUUUUUCUUUCCAUCAAACUUCCAAGAAAUUACAAAUUUGAAUACAAUGCUGCCAUUCUUUUAUGAACUACAUUACCCAGAGAUCCAUGCAUGGUGAACUUCAUGAUGAUGCUGCUUUUCAUAUAAUGUCAGAGAGUAGAAAUUCACAAGCAAGACUUAAAAUGUUCAUGUAAUGUUCCAGAAAGUAGUAAACAGACCCUCAAAUCAUCAUUUCAUAGUUCAAACUGAUGAGUUCAGGAAAAACAAUCUGGGUAACGGCAGCAAAAUCCAAACAAACCCUCCUGAAGCAGCACUGGUCCUGGUUUCCUCAUUACAAAACAUGCAGGAAAGAGACCUCAGGCUGGAGUUGAACCCGGGCCAUAUCCUCCAUGUCUGGGAUUCUAGUUUAGACCACUAGUCCACGUAUCUUAAUCUGAAAAGACGAAUUUUGAAUUGAAGGGUUUAUGUCUUGGUCGUUUGACAGAUUAGUUGCAUCAUCUUUAAGUUAGAUCUUGUCGUUGCUUCUGGAUUUCCAUUUUCCCCGACACGUAUUGAACGCAGCAUCGUUCCUCCUCGGUGUCUUCCUCUUUGGUCUGUGAAACGACGUGCAUGAUAAUGUUUUGUGCGAUGUAUUUGACCUUGAAUUGAUCCGCGCAGCAUGACAGCAGCUCCUUGCCAUGAAACAUGUACAGAUAAAGCAUGGAUCCUGUGAACUGAAGAGUUGCCUUUAAAAGCCAUGAACAUUACUGAUGCUAAACUAUGUGCCUGUCUUGAAGCUAGAAACCUCUCUACUCUUAUUAUUUAAGGAAAUGGGCUCUUUAACGUGCUGUUUUUAUUUAAUCCUCUUCUCUACCUCUCUGUGUUUCUACCUCCUGCUCCAGUCCAUGCUUUUAAUCUAUGCGAUUAGCUUUGAUCGGUAAAAAUUGGAGGUAUUUUCAGCUACCCCAAACAUUAACCAAGAAGUCAUCUUCUGAUAAGACAGACAGACUCUGGUGUGCAAUAACAGGCUGCUGAAAUCUGAAUCUAUCAAAACAAGACUGGGAUGACUUCAUCUUUGCAUCAAUCCGCCAAAAAAAAAAAAAAAAGGAGAUUUUGGAUGAGAUUGGUUUGGAGAUAUUUUUGUGCAUCCUAAAUAAUACAAUUCAACCAAAAAUACAGCAAAAAGCAUCAUGAUUGGAGGGUUUAAUAAUCACAGUUUAAAAAUAUUCUGCUCACAGAUAUGAUGGGGUGAGAACAGGCCUCUGAAGCGUGGUUUGUGACCGUGUUUUCUUCCAUCCUGGGCUGCAGAGGUUGAGAAACACCGACCUGUCCUGAUCUUUUUUUUCUGUCUCUGUAUAAAAAUGCACUAUUUGCACAGACUGUUAUUUUCUCAUGGCGACCUCGUAAAUGAUCUGCAGUAACACGUCAUGUGAUGCUUCUCUGUGAAAUGAUGGAAUGAAUAAAUAAUGUAUCGGUAAGUCGUUUAUUUGGGGGUGGGGAGUCUGUCUUCAGUCUGUUUCUCAUUUUUCUCUUAGCUAAAACUAUAAAACUGGACCUUUAGGCUGCAGUGUCAAACAUGCAGAUUACCACAGACAUACAUUACAGUUUACUCACUUUUGGGGAAGUUUGAUGCAGUUACUCAGGGCGUGUUUGGGGUCAAGGUCUCUUGGUGACUCUUUUGUGUAGAUCUGAGUGUCAUCUCUGUAGUUUACAGCAAAAAAGGAAUUUCAGGAAAGGAAAACAGCCUUGUAUUUAAGGAAAUAAGUCUCAUAUUUUGUACAAAAAGAAUAUUAAUCUCGUCAAGCAUGUUUGGCAUUAGAAAAAGGAUCUAAUUUUAAGCGAAAAUGGCGAACUUUGUCUUGACAAGAUACUCCAGAUAAUUCUGAGAUGGAAUGUACCAACAACAAGAUUAUUCGUCUCAUUUUGAGAGUAAGACAUAUGUACAACUUCUCAGUUUGAGAACGCCAUGAAACAAGAACAGUUGAUUUUUUUUAGAUUUCCAUUGCAGGUCAUCUGAACCUGAGAGAAUCUGCUGCCUCACACAUUAUCUGACAUAUAAAGAUGUCAGUAGGCUAGUCUGUACAACACACAACAUAAAACAAUGACCAGAUGAAAACUGCAAAAUUUGAAAAGAACAAAGAACAUGCUUGCUUUCCACGUGCUUACUUGUGGAAUAAAAUACAUAUAUCUAAUGAGAAUGUUUUGGUAUCUUGAUUUAAGACAACAGCACUUAUUUUAAUAAAUUAUGUCUUAUCUGAA